AUGCGCCCAGCUCCGCUGCCGUGCGCACUGGUGCGUCUGGCGGCUCCUGCUCUCGCAGGCGUGUACGCGGCUGUGCUGGCGAGGACAGUGCGAGUGGCCCGGCUGGUGGCGGCCUGCGAGCGGCGGCCAGCAUCUCGGCCGCGACUGCUGUCGUCGCGCGCACAGGUGUGCGCCUGGAUAGCGCUAAGCGCGCCGGGCGCAUGCACCGCGGUGUGGAGCGCGGUGCACUGGCCGGCCGCACCGCGCCUGCUGCACCCGGGGCGCGCACGCUCCGUGCUCGCGUGCGGCGGUGAGCACGCUGUGGCGCAACUGUCGCCGCUGGUGCCGGCGCUGGUGCUGCUGGCCACGUGCGUGGUGCUGGCUGUGCGCACGCGCCACCUGCCGCACAACUUGAACGAGACUCGGUUCGUGGGCGCGGCAGCGUACGCGACGUGCGUCAUGUGGGUGGCGUUCGUACCGUUGUACGCGGCGAGCGCGGCGCGCACGGCCACGCUGUGCGCGUGCGUGUCGCUGUCGGCGGGCGCGUGCGUGGCGCUGGCGCUGGGCCCGCGCGCCUGGGUGUGCGCGUGCCGGCCGGCGCGCAACACGCGCGCGCACUUCCUCACCGCCACCUCCAUCCGCUGCCACGUGGGCAAGUACCGCGCGGCGCGGGGGGCGGAGCGCGGGGAGGCGCGGCGCGACGCGGCCUGCCAGACGGCGGCGGCGCGCGGGGCGGGGCGGACGUGCGCGGCGGCGGGCGCGUGCGCGCGGGUGGUGCGCACCACGCACGCCGAUGCCACCGACGUGCUGAUCGUGCUGCUGCAGCACCAGCACGCGCUGCCCGACGCGCUCGCACACGAGGCCCCAGACCUCCAGCUCGAAUGA